AUGUCGUCAGUCUUGCCCACUGUUGAACCACCAACGAAUAUUUCUGCCUUGAACACAGAAAGCGGCACCAAUGGAGAAGUAAAAGGCUUCACCACAUCCCGCGGCCUAGCGAUAAAGAAACAGAGCGGAAAUGGCUUCUCGAGCAGAUGGCGGGCGCUUUUCGCAUAUUCGCGAAACUGGGAUUCUCAGAUUGUAGCAGUGGCCAUAUCAGUGUGA